AUGGCGCGAUCCUCGUCGGCAACGGUUGCAGCGCUGGCGAGUGGCUUGAUUUGCUCACAUGCGGCACUGGCUUGGAGUCCUAUGGCCUCGGACUUCGCCGCCGCAGCGCUGGCAGCCCGCAACGACUUCCGGUGGCGGGCAUUCGAGACAUCAGGAUACCGUUUUCCUGACGAGACCCACUUCGACGAGCUGGACUGGAACACAGGCUUUGCAGAGCUUUGGCUGUAUGCUCUGCGUGCGGCUCGUUUGGCACUGCCGGAGUCUGCUGGCGGCCUGCUGCGGGCAGCAAAGGAAGUGCGCAUAGUGCGAAGUGAGAAGCGACUGCACCGGAGCUUUGUGGCCGCAGGCAAGGCUUUCGAUCGCAUUGCCGAGAAGUUGCGGCAGCUCGAAAACGCGACGCCCAGUGUGGCACCCGAAACCUGCACGCCGGCAUCGUCGACGGUCAACAGAAGUGUCCGCCUCUCCAAUGACCUUCAGAUGCCAGUGCUGGGAUUGGGCACAACUAUGCUCAACGGUGCGUCUGGGAAGGAGGCCAUCCUCGCGGCGCUCCGAGAAGGCUACCGACUCAUAGACACGGCGCAGGCCUAUGAAAAUGAGGCCGAGGUCGGUGAGGCCAUCCUCGAGUCCGGCAUCCCUCGCUCAGAGAUCUUCAUCGCGACGAAGCUGUCGGAAGAUGGCGAUUGCAAGCCCGGAAGGGCGAAAGCACGUGUUCAGGCGCAGCUGAAGCUGCUGAAAACGAGCUACGUUGAUCAGUACAUGCUCCAUGGACCGUGCCCUGGCGUGGUCGAAGCUUGGAAGGAUCUCGAAGAACUGUACAAUGCCGGCGUGCUGCGAUCCCUUGGUGUGUCAAAUUUCGACUACACUCAACUGCAACGUUUCUUGGGGCAGGUUCGCAUCGCACCACACGUCGUGCAGAACAAGUUCUCCAUCUACCACCGUGGUUGGGCUCCUGUGGAUCCUCUGAGGGACCUCGCCCAAGCUCUUCGCAAGGAGGGGCUGGUUUUCAUGGGCUAUUGCAACUUGGAUGCGUAUCCACACGUCUUGCAGCCACUGGAAGACAUUUUUGUCCGGAGAAUUGCUUCGCGCUGUGGGAGAACGACUGCUCAGGUCCUGCUGCGCCAUGCUCUUCAGCACGGCACGGUGGUCAUCCCCAAGUCAGAAAGGCCGGAGCGCCUCAGGGAGAAUGCAGAUAUUUUCGACUUCGAACUGUCGCCUGAGGACAUGCGGAUCCUGGAUGCCCUGCCAAUGUUGGCGCACCACGGACGAGAGCCCAGCUAUGUCGAGGAUCUGUUCGGCUUGAGGAAUACGGACGAGCACUCCGCAGAGCUGUAG